UUUCUUAAUUAAAUAAUUAUAUAAAAUUAAAAAUAACAGCUGAAAGAACAGAAAUGUCAGGUAUGUCAUCAUCUGAAGAACAGAGGUGAGGGUGAUGACUGGAGAAACAGACACAGACAUUCCAGAUACAGGUGCUGUAUUUACCUUUGGAAAUAGUAAAAUAGCCAACAAUGUGCCCAGCAGGUUAUGGUUAAAGAAUGAUAUACCUGUGCACAUCUCAUGUGGACAGUCACACUCAGCCUUUGUAACAGAGCAGGGCCGUUUGUUUGUGUUUGGAAGUAAUGACAGCGGUCAGCUUGGUCUACAAGCUAAAGGUCCAAUUAAAAAACCAAUCUGUGUUAAAGUUCUUAAAGGGGAGAGAGUUCAGUUGGUUGCCUGUGGGACUGAUCACACGCUCGUAAGCACAUCACAAAGGGAGAUUUUUGUAGCCGGAGGAAACAGUGAUGGACAGUUGGGACUGGGCCAUUGUAAUGGCAGUGUCUCUUUCCAGUGCCUCCGCACCUUUUGUGACUAUGCUCCAAUAAAAUUGCUCUGUGCAGGUGACCACACCUCUGCUGCACUUACAGAGGAUGGCAGGCUGUUUAUGUGGGGUAAUAACUCGGUUGGUCAGCUUGGUUUGGGGAAUGACAGUCAUGCCUUGUUGCCUAAAGAACUGAAAUUGGGACUGCCCGUUCAGUCGGUCUCAUGUGGAUACAGACACUCAGCUCUGGUCACAGAUAAUGGGGAUGUUUUCACUUUUGGGGAAAGUGCAGAUGGACGACUGGGUCUUUCUGCUCAUCUGCUGGCCAAUCACAGGUGUCCCCAGCGAGUAGAAUCUCUGCACGGGGUUCUGCAGGUGGCAUGUGGAGGCAAGCACACUCUCGCCCUCACAGAGGAAGAGUUAUAUUCUUUUGGCCGUGGAGAGUUUGGUCAGUUAGGGUUGGGGACGAUGAUGUUUGUAGCAGACACACCUGUUGCUGUCGGCCACUUCAGGAAAGGCAGGGUUACCCAUGUGAAAUGUGGUGAAAACCACACAGCGCUUAUAACAGAUAGUGGUCUUCUGUACACAUUUGGAGAUGGCCGUCAUGGGAAGUUAGGCCUUGGAGACGAGAACUUCACCAAUCAGUUCUGUCCAACUGUGUGCCAGAGGUUCUUUGAUUAUUCUGUCAUGACUGUGGCAUGUGGUUCUAGUCACAUGCUGGUGUUCGCACGGCCACGGCAACAGGAAAGUGAAGAAGUUUGUUUAGAGGAUGAAGAUGUUACUUACUCUUACCUGGACAGGUGUUAUACCUCAAUGCUACAGGGGGAACCAUUAGAACAUAUUCCAGGCCCAGCUCUUGUCUCACAACUGACCUUUCUCCACCCAUCUCUUCCAACCUCUCACCGCUGGAGCCUAUCAACACGGGCCAGACGGAGACUGAGGAAGAGCUCAUCUGCACAGUUUGGUCCAGAAUUUUGCAAUCUUCCUCCCCUUACAACUGGCUUUACUGCACUAGCCCUGACAGGCAACAUCCUUCAACCCAGAUCUCCAACAGACACUCCUAAACGCUUCAGAACUGAUGUCCCUGUGGAAUCUUCUUCUACCUCAAUCACACUGCCUGUCAGGACACUUCCACUCACACCCAUCACUAAGAGCACAGGGGACUGCCAUAGUGUUGGAACAUCUGAAAACAGCCUGUCAGAAAAGACACGUGAACAGCAUAAGAACAAGAUGGCAAGAGCCUCUUCUAAUGGGAAGGAAGAGAACGUUCCUCAGGAUCUGCCCACUGAAGUACAGACUGGUUCUGUUUCUCAUCCGUCAAUGACAGAAUCUCCACCACCAAGCAGUCUUAAACACAAGAAGCCCAGGUCUGGAGACCCAAAGAAUGCUGCUACGCAGGAAGAACGUUUUAAUGCUACAGUAUCAGAAAGCAAAAUGCAAUCCAAAACAUGCAAAAAACCUAUCCAGAGUACAAAUAAUAAAUCUAAAGGUCAAGCAGUAGAGGUCAGAUCAUCUCCAGAGAGAAUGUCAGCUAAAGAAAGGGAGGCAUGCAGUGAAACAUGCAGUAUUAAUAUUGAUUCAAGGCCCAAAGUUUCAAAACCAGAUCCCAGAGAUCAAGAGGUCACUACUCCUGCUGAGAUGAAGCACAAGACCAAGUCGAGUUCACUUAAAAUUCAGAAUACAAGUUCUCCAGUUCAGGAAGCCAUGCCUACAAAAGUUUUAGAGGUCAAAUCACAUCAAAUUAAAGAGGAGGGUAUUCCAGUAAGAGCUACAAAAAGGGUAAAAUCUCCAGUCAAGGAUCAAGAAGUCAACUCUGGCAGGAUGGAAGUUAGUGUGGUCGAAUCAAUACUUCAGGCAGGUCCUGCUCAAAAAGACAUCAUGCCAUGCCAUGGAAAGGCUCAAGAGGUCAUAUCAACACUGAUCGAUACACAAGAACAGGAAAAGCCGUCAGUCAAAAUUCCAGCCAAACUGCAAGACACUCCUAAAAAGGGAAAUCAUGUUGACACAGAAGAAAACCCUGGUGAACUUACACCAAAGAAAGCUAAGAAGAAGAGAUCAGAAGUGGAAACACCCAGCCCUCUAUCGGUUUCCAUACCAACACGAAUGUCUAAAGCAAAAAAGGGAAAGCCUGUGGAGGCUGAAAACUCAAAUGUCCAGCUUAGAACUGAGAUGCUAGCACAAGUCAAAAGGGAAAAUGAUAGUAAAACACCUCAGAACUCCAAUAUAUCAUUUCCCCCUCUAGAGAACAGAAAAUCAGGAGGAGCUGCUGAAAUAAGCCAGUCCGCUUCCAAUCUGCCGUCUGAGCAAACAAAUAGCCAGUCACCCUCUGAUAAACUGCUUACUGAACAGAAAUAUGAAUUUCCAUCAAUUAAAAGCUUAACUCCAGAAGGAGGCCACUCAUUUUCCAGUUUAUGGUCCAAUAACGAAUCAGCAACCAGGAAAUCUUCCACCAUAAAAGAAACUGAAUCAUCAUCUGCUAAUUUGUUAAAUCUAUCACCACAAUGGAGGCAGUCACCACUAAAUGAAAUUAAAUUAGAUGGCAAAUCAGUUGAACCUGAAGAGCCAGACAGGAAGCCACAGGCUGAGCAGAGCAUUAUGGGUAGUGUAGUUUCACCACUAGCGGCCAUGGCUAUAGUUAGUGCUGCACCACUACUAAUAAAAGCUGCUGAAGUUCUUUCGGAAACUUCACCAGAACAAAGUAAUAAGAUAGAACAUCAAUUGGACCCGGACAGCACAGUUCAGGAUCUAUCAGCACAAUAUGUACAAAACAAGCUUGUUUCAGAUGAAAACAGAAAAAUGGAGAAAGAAUCUGAUGUGAAGGAUAGCGAAACAGAGAGAGCAGAAGAGAGAGGUGAAGAAGAGACUCUCGCUGAGGAUGAAGAAGAAAGUGAGGGGGUUGGGCAGAAAGAAGAGUACAGUGGUGUUGAGGAUGAAGAAGAAAGAGAAAGCGAUAAUGAUAAAGACGGUGAUCAAAAAGGAGAGGAGGGAAGUGAGGAAGAGGAGGGAGACGAGGACAGUGUUGUUGAAGAUGAAGAAAGAGAAAGCGAUAAUGACAAAGACGGUGAUCAAAAAGGAGAGGAGAGCAGUGAGGAAGAGGAGGGAGAUGAGGAUAGUGAUGUUGAAGAUGAAGAAAGAGAAAGCGAUAAUGACAAAGACGGUAACGGUGAUCAAAAAGGAGAGGAGGGUGGUGAGGAAGAGGAAGAUGAAAGUGAGGGGGUUGGGCAGAAAGAAGAAAAUGAUGUUGAAGAGAAAGAAGAAAGAGAGACCGAUAAUGAUGAAGACAGUGAAAGUGCUCAAAAAGGAGAGGAGGAUUGUGAGGAAGAGGAGGGAGAAGAAGAGGAAAGUGAGGGGGUUGGACAGAAAGAAGAGAGUGAUGUUGAAGAUGAAGAAGAAAUAGAGAGCGAUAAUGAUGAAGACAGUGAAAGUGGUCAAAAAGGAGAGGUGGAUGGUGAGGAAGAGGAGGGAGACGAAGAGGAAAGUGAGAUGGUUGAGCAGAAAGAAGAGAACAGUGUUGUUGAAGAUGCAGAAGAGAGAGAGAGCGAUAAUGAUGAAGACAGUGAAAGUGCUCAAAAGGGAGAGGGGGACUGUGAGGAAGAGGAGGGAGAAGAAGAGGAAAGUGAGGCAGCAGGGGAGGAAGAGGAUGACAGCAAUAGUGGACAGAGCAGUAAAAGUGAGGGAGAGAAGAGUGAAGAAGGUGGAUGUGAAGAUGUGACUGAAAGAGAAGAGGAGAAUGAGGGUGAGGAUGGAGAAAUGGAAGAAGAGAAUAAGGAUGAAGAGAGUGGUGGUGAAGAUGAGGAAGAAGAGAGGGAGAGCUGGGAUGGAGGGAGUGAGGGAGAGGAGAAAACCGAUCCAGAGGAGGAGCAGGAAGGAGAGAACAGAACGGAGGAGAAAACAGAAGUAGGGGAAAAAUCUGACAGUGAAGAUGAAAAUACAAAUGUGAGAUCAGAUGAAGAAGAGGAAGGAGAGAGCGAAGAAAAUGAUGGGCGUGAAGAGGAAGAGAAUGAAAUAGAGGAAGGAGAGGAAGAAAAGGGAGACGAAAAGAGUGAGGAAGAAGAUGAGGAGGAAAAUCAAGAAGAAGAGACUGAUCAUGAAGAGGAGGAGGAAAACAGAGAUGAGGAAGAAGAAGAGAAUGGCGAAGAGGGUGAAGAAGAUGAGGAACAGGAGGAAAUGGAAAAUGAUAAUAAAUUGAAAGACAAAAAAGAUGGAGUAACAAACAGUGAAGAAGAGGAGAGUGAGGGAGAGAAAGAAGAUCGACAGAAUGACCUGGAAUCUAAAAACGAAGAAAAGUUUUCCAAGAAAGAUGGGGAUGAAGAAAGACAGGAAGGAAGUGAACAGGUUGAGGAAGAUGAUGGAGACGUGGACAGAGAAGAUGAAGAUGAUGAGGUAGACAAGCUGAAUGAAAUGAUGGAAGAAAAGAAUGAGGAAGAGGAAGGAAGUGAGGAAGAAACAGAAGAGGAGGAGAAAGAAACAGACAAGAAAGAAGAGAAUAAAAAAUCAGACAGAAGUGGGAGGAAAGCGAAAGAAUCUACUGAAGAGGAAGAUGAAGAAGAGAGUGAGGAGGAGGAUGAGGAAGAAGCAGAGCUGAAGGAAAUGAAAAUAAAAAGGACACAGAGAGAAACUAGUGAAGAAGAACAAGAGGAGGAAGAGAGUGAGGAGGAGGAAGAGGAGGAAGAAACAGAGAGGGAAAAAAUUGAUAUAAAAACUGAGAGAAAUAGGAUGAAACCGAGAGAAACUAGCGAAGAGGAACAAGAAGAAGAGAGUGAUGAAGAUGAGGAGGAAGAAGAAGCAGAACAGAAUGAAAUGAAUAUAAAAACUGAGAAAAACAGGAGGAAACAGAGAGAAACCAGUGAAGAGGAAGAAGAACAGGAAGGAGAAAGUGAGGAAGAGGAGGGGGAAAUAGAAGAGCAGAAAGAAAUUGGGAGGAUACAGACAGAAUCUACUGAAGAAGAAGAGGACGAAGAAGAAGGUGAAGAGGAAGAAGAAGAAGUGGAAGAUGAGGAAGAAGAAGAAGGUGAGGAAGAGGAAGAAAAGACCAAAAAAGUACCAAAACAGAGAGACAAACCAAAUGUGUUACCUGCACGAAGACAGACAAGUGCACAGAGAGACAGGCAGAAGACUAGACAAAGAGAUCAACAGAAUGUUAAAGGGAAGAAGCAAACAGAUGGUGCUCAGGACCCUCAGUUCUGGGACAGUGUCUUACCACAGUAUCUGAACCUUAAAUGACCCCGAAUCUGCACACUACAAGUUUCUUACUUCUUUAAGUGGAUUCUUGAUUAUAAAGUGCCUUGACUAAAUUAUUCCAUACAUAUUCUGUUACAGUAUUGUCAUAGUGAAUGUUAUUUUUUAAGCACAGAUUUAUUUCAGACUUUGAAUAUUUUCAUGUUCUGGUCUAUUGACAUUCCUUUUCCAAGACCUGGUCUGUUAUUAGCAGCAUACCAGACUACUGUAAAUGAUAACUGCAAUUUAAAAGUGCAAGAGACAGUCACGCACCUACAUUCUUUGAUUGAAAAGUGGAUAAUAUUUUGCUGUUUUGUUCAAGAAACUAUGAAAUACAAUGUUCU